CGUGACGCUGUGACGCGCGCGCUCUCUGGCUGUUGUGGCCAGAUGCUGGGAUGUUGUUGGUGGCGAGCGGGCAAGCCAGAUCCCGAGUGAAUGAAUUACUGUGACAGAAUAGCCCAGGCGAGAUUCGGUUACUUUUUCUGCGCAGUGUGACUGUUAGGAAUACUUGCUGCGUUUUGUUUUGUUUUUUUAUUUCUUGGUUUUUUGUUUGUUUGUUCGUUUGUUUUUAAUCUUCUACUACUUCUUGUGCAGGGAAUACCCUGCGAGGGUGGCAGGGAGCCCACCCUUGUUGCGGGCCUUUGGACUGGUCCCUAGGGCGCAGUGCUUUGGCGUGGACGAGGCAAGUGGUUAGCUAGCCACCAAGCCUCCUGCCCCUCCCACUCCCGCCCCAAGAUCCCAGUUGUGAAUUUGAUACUCGCUUAUGUGUUUUGUGUAUCCUGAAACCAUGGAAGACUGUGUGCCCGCCGAGAGUCUGGGACAAGUUUAAGGAGAGAGAGUUGGGUGGUAAUGAGAAACAAGCGUUUGCAUUCAUUCCGUGAAAAGUAUCAAAACUCGGCAAAUGCUGGUGCUACACCUGCAGAAGUAAACACCUUGCUUGGAGCUGCAGAAGCAGGUGAGUCCCGGAACCGCAGGGCAGGCCAAGUCACUCCUGAUGCGAUUCUUCCUUCUCCCUCAGCUCUCCCUCUACCCAGAGCAGAAAAUGAACAAAUCCCAGGAGCAAGUGUCAUUCAAGGAUGUGUGUGUGGAUUUCACCAAGGAAGAGUGGUAUUUGCUGGACCCUGCUCAGAAAGUGCUUUACCGGGAUGUGACCCUGGAGAACUAUAGCAACUUUGUCUCAGUAGGGUAUUGUGUUGCUAAGCCAGAAGUGAUCUUCAAGAUAGAGCAAGGAGAAGAUCCCUGGAUACCAGAAAAUGGAUUCCAAUGCAAUCCAGAAAGGAAAUGGAAAGUAGAUGACCUAUUAGAGCGCAACCGGGAAAAUCAAGAUGAACAUUUUUGGCCACUCGCGUUCACCAACAAGACUGUACAGCUACAGAGUGGCGGAAACACAAGGAAAACUGCCAGUCUAGACAUGGACCCUGUUUCUUCAAGAAGUUUUCUGCUCAAAAUAUGUGACUCCUGUGAAAUGAAUUUGAAGAAUAUCUCAAGUAUAAUUAUCAGUAAAAAGAACUAUUCCAGAAAGAAGCUUAAUGAGUUUAAUAUAUGUGAGAGGGCACUCUCUGAUAGCAGGCACGAGAAAAUUCCUGUGGGAGCAAAAUCAUACAGAUACGAUGAGAAAAGAGAUGUCCUCAGCUUUUUCCAGGAUCUCCCUCAGCCAAUUUCUGAUCAGCCUUUUGAGUACAACGGAAAUGGACAAGGCUUCCAUGAGGAAGAGGCCCUUUGUAGAAAUCAGAACGCCCAGCUCGGGGAGACUCUCUAUAAGCGCACUGACUGUGGAAGGACUUUCACUGACAGUUUGAAGCUCAGUGUGUCUCAGGAAACUCGUGUGCACACAGACCCACAGGAGUGCAGUGUUUGUAGGAAGUCCUUUUAUGUGGAUUUGCAGUUUGGACAUCAGAGAGUUCCCUCAGGAAACGAUCCUUAUGAGCGCAGUGAAUAUGAGAAAAUCUUCUGUGACCAUUCAGCUUUCGUUGUUCAUCAGGAAGCUUACACGAGAAAGAUUGCCCAAGAGUAUAAAGUGAGUAACAAAACCUGGGGAAAGCCGGCUCUCUUUAAACAUCAGAUAAUACAGAUUGGGGGGAAACCCUAUGAAUACAUUGACAACGGGAAAAAUUUUAGCAAAAAGUCACAUCCCACCCAGUCUCGGAGAGCCCACUUGGGAGAAAAAACCUUUGAGUGCAGCGAGUGUGGUAAAAUGUUCUGGGAGAAAUCAAACCUUACCCAACAUCAGCGAACACACACAGGAGAAAAACCGUAUGAGUGUAGGGAGUGUGGGAAAGCCUUUUGCCAGAAACCACACCUCACCAACCAUCAGCGAACACACACGGGAGAAAAGCCCUAUGAAUGCAAGCAGUGUGGGAAAACGUUCUGUGUCAAGUCCAACCUUACCGAACAUCAGCGAACACACACGGGGGAGAAACCCUACGAGUGUAACGCGUGUAGAAAAUCCUUCUGUCACAGGUCAGCCCUAACUGUCCAUCAGAGAACACACACGGGGGAGAAGCCAUUUAUAUGCAGUGAAUGUGGGAAGUCAUUUUGUGUGAAGUCAAACCUGAUUGUGCAUCAAAGAACUCACACCGGGGAGAAACCCUAUAAAUGUAAUGAGUGUGGGAAAACCUUCUGCGAGAAGUCGGCUCUCACUAAACACCAGAGAACUCACACGGGGGAGAAGCCCUAUCAGUGUAACGUGUGCGGGAAGACUUUCAGUCAGAGGUCAGUGCUCACCAAGCAUCAGAGGAUUCACGCCAGGGUGAAAGCUCUUUCCACGUCCUGAAUGUCCAGCCUUCAUAUGUCCGUCAAGUCAGUUGUACAGUUUUAAAAGUGAGCUUAGAGCCUGCCAAAGAAUACCACAGAGUACUAGAAAAUGCCAUUUUGUUGAAAUGCAUGAACACUUUCAAGAAAGUAAAAACUUUCAUUAGAAAGAUUGUAUUGAAGGGAAAUUAUUCAUAUAAAUAAUACGGUAAAAAAAAAUCUAUAGAUUUCAAUUGUGUAAUGUCUUCCAAAUGUGUUUAUUUAAAGUUUGUAUUUUAAAUAUAUAAAGGGUAAUACUAAUUUCACUGGCAUUCAUAGGAAAAUACGGAACUUAAAAAUGAGCGGCAGUAGCUCAUUAAACUUGUAUGUAAGAAACACCUGAUGUUUAUAGAUCUUGUGUGAGUAUGUGACAGUAACAGAAAUUUAGGAAGCACUUGUUUUGUGUAUUGGAACCCAGUAAAGAUGUGAGGAAGAAAUAUGAACCCUUAGUUUAAUAACAAUUGUUAUAUACUGUUCCUACUAGAUACCAACAGUGUCUUUAGGUUGGUAGGGUUGUGUAUGUUUAUGAAUAUGUGUGAAUGUGGGUCUAUGUGUAUGUUUUAUGUGAAUAUAUUUGUAUGCAUGUACCUGUACACAAAUGGUGAUGUCAUAAGGGCAGCUCAGACCAACUUAUAAAACUUCAGGAAUUUUGUGAGUCUGUUGUUUAAAACUACGUGAAGUUAACAGUUAAAUUAUCUUGAGAAACGGAAAUAAAUACCACUCGUCAUUCCUAGUAAUUAGUUGUAUUCUGCUCUUGUCUUUGCUGUGUGCCAUUGGUGUGCAUGCUGAGAGUGUUGUAGAAUGGUGUGCUACUGCAACUCUUCUUCAGACCACAUACCUUUCAUGUUGGUGGCUUGGGCUUAGAAUGUUUACACUGUGGAAAAGGAUUGUUGGUUUGUUUGUUUUCCCAGAGAAUCUGUGUGUAUAUAAACUGUACGGCAGAUUUAAAAUAUUAACUACCGUCUUUGUAUUUCAUAAAACAAGUAAGUGGCUAUGACCAUCAUCACCAAACUGCCUUUAUAGUAAUGAAGCCAAAAGAUGGUUUAUUGAGCCUUUUAUUACCUCAGAAUUGUCCAGUUCUAAAAAUUACCUGUCUCUUGAUAGCCUGGCCAGUAUGUGCUUCAGAUGACAUUAUUUUACAUACAAAAAACAUUCUCACAAAAACAUAUUCACUACUCUGGACUAUGAAUAAGUAUGGCCAUUAUUACCAAAGUACUCAUUUGGUGAAGAAAUCAAACAGUAUAUUUCUGAGAGUUUUUCUUAGCUACCUCUGUGUCAAUUAUAUAAAUGCUGUUAAUAGAAAUGGUAUUUACAUGACGUAAAUACUUACCAUCAGCUUACCAGUGGUAAACUAUUUACCAUUAGUUGUAAAUGGCAAUACAGUCUAAAAAUUUAAAAAUGCUAGUGCAUAUUAAAAUGUUCAUUUUAUACUCUUGGUAUUCCAUCGUGUAUCUAUUCAGG